AUGCGGAACGGACGGCAUCAGAGGUCCUACGUCCUCUGCAGUAGAAAGAGCCCCAAGUUAGGGAAUUCCCAAGUUAGAGGAUCUCGUUCCCCUACGCACGCGGCAGCCGCGCCACGUUCUCCAGGUCGCGCCGACAGUCCAACGAAGAAGAAGGCCCCUGGGGCGCUGGCUCGCAUCGCAAGUCCCCUCGCCGGCAAGAAUCCUUGCAAGGGGACCCUUGAGCUCGUGCGUCUAGGUUCAUACUUGUUUCUUGGCCCUGUUCGAUUAUCCUCUGAGGCCAAGUUCCUGAACCGGGGAAUCAAGGAAGUCGUCAGGAGCAUCUGCUGUGGAAACAUAGGGAAAAUGUCAUCGAAUCCUGGUGAACCUAAGAGUCGUGCCCGGACAGACUUUUUGCUCAACAAUGAAGCAGAGGUUCAGAAGUUUUGGGAUGAGAACAAGGUUUUUGAGGCUGAUCCUGGCAAUGAGCCUCCAAGCCCUGGGGAAAAAUUCUUUGGGAACUUUCCAUACCCUUACAUGAAUGGCUUGCUGCAUCUGGGCCAUGCCUUCUCGUUGUCCAAGCUUGAGUUCGGUGCUGCAUACCACAGGCUUCGUGGCUCCAAUGUCCUUUUGCCCUUUGCUUUCCACUGCACUGGAAUGCCCAUCAAGGCCUCAGCUGAUAAACUUGCUAGGGAAAUCCAACAGUAUGGAUAUCCUCCAGUGUUUCCCGCGGCAGAGGGUUCUAGUGCUGCAGUGGCAGAUGCUAUCCAGGCUGACCAGGCUGAUGUUGUUGCCCCGGAUAAAUUUAAGGGGAAGAAGUCCAAGGCUACUGCAAAGGCUGGUGCACACAAGUACCAGUGGGAGAUCAUGAAGAGCUUUGGUCUAGAUGAUGAAGAGAUUGCCAGAUUUCAAGAUCCUUAUCACUGGUCAUUCAUAACUACUGACAUGAAUCCAUACUAUGAUGCUUUUGUCAAGUGGCAGAUGAGGAAGCUGAAGAAAUUGGGCAAGGUUGUUAAAGACAAGAGGUACACGAUCUACUCUCCGUUCGAUGGCCAACCUUGUGCUGAUCAUGAUAGAGUAACAGGUGAAACUGUGCAGCCACAAGAGUACGUCUUGAUUAAAAUGGAGGUGAUAUCACCUUUUCCUCCCAAGCUGAAGGCGUUGGAAGGAAGGAAGACAAAUUGCUGGGUGCUUCCUGAUGGAAUGUAUGGUACUUUUGAGAUCAACGACACUGAUGUCUUCAUCCUUACAGCAAGGUCUGCUCUUAAUCUUGCAUACCAACACCUAUCCAGGAUCCCAGAAAAAACAACCUGCUUAUGUGAGCUGUCUGGCAAUGAUUUGAUUUGUUUGCCACCGAAAUCUCCUCUUGCCUUCAACGAAACCAUAUAUGUUCUUCCAAUGCUCACUGUCUUGACUGACAAAGGUACUGGCAUUGUGACUAGUGUUCCAAGUGAUUCACCUGAUGAUUUCAUGGCACUGCAAGCUUUAGUGACAAAGGCAGCAUUGAGAGCAAAGUAUGGAGUGAAAGAUGAGUGGGUUCUUCCUUAUGAUAUUGUACCAAUAAUCCACAUUCCUGAAUUUGGAGACAAGUCAGCAGAGAAGGUUUGUCAUGACCUUAAGAUUAAAAGCCAGAACGACAAGGAGAAGCUUGCUGAAGCAAAAAGAAUGACAUAUCUGAAGGGAUUUACUGAUGGAACAAUGAUUGUUGGUGAGUUCAGUGGUAAAAAGGUUCAAGAAGUGAAGCCACUGAUUAAAAGCAAGCUUUUGGAAGAAGGCACAGCCGUGUUGUAUAGUGAGCCGGAGAAGAAGGUCAUGUCUAGAUCUGGUGAUGAAUGUGUUGUUGCCCUCACUGAUCAGUGGUACAUAAUUUAUGGUGAGGCUGAAUGGAAGCAGAAGGCAGUCAGAUGUUUGGCCCGCAUGAAUACAUUCUCAACUGACACCCGUAAUGGUUUUGAACACACAUUGGGCUGGCUGAACCAGUGGGCUUGUUCGCGUUCUUUUGGCCUUGGUACUCGAAUUCCAUGGGAUGAGCAGUUCCUUGUAGAAUCUCUCUCUGAUUCAACCCUAUACAUGGCUUACUAUACAGUUGCACAUCUUUUGCAAAAUGGUAAUAUGUAUGGGAAAAAAAUAUCUUCAGAAUUUGAGUAUUGGUAUCCAUUCGAUAUCCGUGUGUCUGGUAAAGGCCAUAUUCAAAACCAUCUGACAUUCUGCAUAUACAAUCAUACAGCACUUCUUCCUGAGCACCAUUGGCCACUUGGUUUCCGCUGCAAUGGGCAUCUUAUGCUUAAUUCUGAGAAAAUGUCCAAGUCCACAGGGAAUUUCCUAACUCUCGAAGAUGCCAUCAAAAAGUGCUCUUCUGAUGCCACUAGAUAUGCCCUUGCUGAUGCUGGCGAUGGUAUGGAUGAUGCUAACUUUGUAACUAAAACUGCAAACUCUGGUGUUAUGAAGCUUACAAAAGAAAUUUCAUGGAUGGAAGAUAUUACAGCUGCUGAAUCUAAAUUAAGAGCUGGGCCGCCCACUACAUUUGCUGACCGUGUGUUUGCAAACGAGAUGAACAUUGCAAUCAAAGAAACUGAGAAGAGCUAUAAUGCUUUCAUGUUCAAAGAGGCCCUGACGUCUGGGUUCCAUGUCCUCCAAUUGGCUAGAGAUGAGUACAGGCUCUCUUGUGGCGCAGCAGGCAUGAACCGUGAUCUAUUGUGGCGAUUUAUGGAUGUCCAGACCAGGCUCAUCACCCCCAUCUGCCCACACUAUGCCGAGCACGUGUGGCAUAAGAUCAUGAAGAAAGAAGGCAUAGUAAUAAAAGCUGGCUGGCCAGACGCAGACACCCCACAUCCGACGCUGAGAAUUGCAAAUAAAUACUUGCAGGAUUCCAUAGUAUCGAUGAGGAAGCUGCUUCAGGAGCAAGAGUCUGGUUCCAAGAAGCCUAAGAAGGGAGCUGCACCAGCACCUCCAUCCGAGGAAAAGAAGAUGAGCAUUGGCCUUAUAUAUGUGAACGAGCACUACUCUGGCUGGAAAGAGCAGUGCUUGAGGGUGCUGCAGUCCAAGUUUGACAGCCAAAGUCGCUCUUUCGCACCUGAUCAGAAAAUAGCAGAAGCUCUGAAGGGGUGUCCUAUCGGGCAGGAAAUGGACUUGAAGCAAGUUCAGGAGCUGUGCAUGCCCUUCAUCAAGCUGAAGAAGGAUGCGGCAAGGGAUGUUGGUCCUCGGGCACUGGACUUGAAGCUUCCGUUCAGUGAGAUGGAUGUUCUCGGGGAGAACUUGGAGCCGAUCAAGAGGCAGCUGGGCCUUGAGCAUGUUGAGGUGCUCCCAGCGUCUGAUGAAGCUGUUCGCGCUAAGGCAGGUGAGCAUGCUUCGCUGCUAGAGGAAAAACCACCAUCACCCGGUAAACCCACCGCCAUCUUCCUCAGCAAACAGAGCUGA